UCGGGCUCCGCGCGCCCCCUUCCGGGGUUUCCCUGUCACGUGGCAAGGGAGCGGCUGUUGCAGCGUAAGGGGCCGGGGGAGCUAUGCCCGGUAGGAAGAGGAAACGAGCUUGGGAUGCUGAAUGUACAUCUUUUCCAGAUGAGACACCUCUAAGGUUGAGAAAAGCAAAUGCUGGGACAGCAAUGGUGGCUACUUCCAUUUCCAAUGCAUGGCUUAAAUGUGGCGAUGGAUUUCAGAGCACUUCCAUGCUUGAGACAUCAGAAUCUCCUGAAAAGAAGUCUAGAGGUGAUAAGCAUCUUGGGCCACUGCUUACCUCUGCUGAAGGAACACUAGGAGUUUCUGCUGCUGUGAACCCAGAGGAGUUUGCAGACAUAAUAUGGAGCUCCAGUGGCAGCGACUUCUCAGAUGAUGAGAAUAAAAUAUUGAUUUCAAGGUUGUAUAACCAAAAGAGUCAUGGUUCCAAAGCACAGAAAUCUUACAGCAAGCAUAACUUAUUGUCCGAGGACAGGAGUAGCGAAGGUGAACUACAGUUCAUUGACUGGGAGAAAGACAGUGAUCCUGGGAAUAGUGGUGAUGAAUGCAGUGGAUCAGGAAAAGAUGACAGUGCAUUGGACAUAUCAGACUCUGAUUCCUGUGGAAGCAGUAAUUAUCCGCCCCUUGAAGAGAAGGAAGGUGAACUUCUUAAGACAGUUUCUACAGAAAUUUCUGAAUAUUCAUCUGAGAGUGAAAACCUGGAAGAAGGCCAGGGGGACACAGAGUCUUCUAAUUUUGGAUUUAGCAAAAAGCUACAAUCGAGUUCUGAAGCAGAUCUGGCACAGGCGACAGGCAGAUCUGCAAGUGACUGGCUAAAAUCGGCACAGGCCUUUCUGCAGACACCUAAGAAACAAUUAGAUAAGACCUCAAGGACUCCAGAAGAUUCUGCAAAGAAAAGGAAAUUGCUGAGGGGAGGGCUAGCAGAGAGGUUAAAUCGGCUGCAGAACAGAGAGCGAUCUGCCAUUAGCUUUUGGCAACAUCAAUGUGUUUCAGAGUAUAAAACCUCUUCAGGAGGCAAAUCUGGUGUAUUAAUUGUGAAGAUCUUGGAGGUACAUGAGGAGUGCACUAUACAAGUUGCUCUCUGCCAGCAUUUGGGACAGCUAUCUACUGACAGCUCCUCUGAAGAUGUUGUCGUUGAUACUGAGCCCAGAGUCAAAGUUCUCUUUACAAAGGAAACAGCAGCUCACCUCAAGGGAGGCCCACAGGAUAUUGUCCACAUCUAUCCUCCCUGGCAAAAGCUCCUUCUCCAUAAUGAAAAUGUCCCUGUUAUCAUGAAUACAUAUUUUAGUCAGAAGAUUCUUCUCAAAGAUCAUGCGGAAGUGAAAGAUAGGACACGUUGUCCAGAGAAGUUGCAUAUUAGAAGGAACGUUAUAUCUUUGGCACAAAUAUUCAGAUUAAAUGGCCUCAGAGACAGUCUGCCACAGGAAUCUGCAGUUAAUCAGGUUGGUUGUACCAAUAUGAUUACACCAAAGACUGUACAGACUAACAGCAACCCUGAGUCCAAACUACAUCCCUUUGCACUCAGUGCUCCAAAUGACUCUCUCCUAGAAGUGGUGGAAAGCCAGGGAGCAGCGGGGUGGAAGGAAGUGCAGGUACAAGUGGUUGUCCAAAGGGCGUAUUAUCUGCCUUCAAGAGAGGGUUUCAGAUGUCAGCUUCAAGGAAAUAACCCAAUUCGUUAUGCAACGCCAAUCUUAAAUUCGGAUCUGCCAAAUGUUAGAUUAUGCCUCCUUGUUCAGGAUGCCUAUGGAAUGUUCAGUGAAGUGCAGUUGCAGACCCUCUGUUCUUCAGAGGACAUUGAACAGCAUAGCAGGAGAUGGGAAGGAAAAUCCUGCACGUUAGCUGGAAUAAGAAUUUUGCAGAGAACCACAAGGGGAAGGGCAUUGGGACUUUUCAGUCUGAUAGACAGUUUGUGGCCUCCAUUAGUGCCUCUGAAAGUUCCUGGUCAAAGUCAAGACUGUGAAGCGAUUAAAACUAACCUUCCUCCUCCCAGCUUCUGUUACAUUCUUACAGCUCAACCUGAUCCAAGACAUGUCAAUAUAGGUGAGGAAGGACAGAUUUCCAAUUUCUACCUGCCCCCAACUAUACGUAGUCUAAAGGAAAUUCUUCAGGUCGGUGAUUUUAAUCAACGUUGUUGCUUUUGGGCACAAGUUAUAUAUCGAAGGCUGCAGGUAAAAUGUAGUGUUUCUGUGGGUCAAAGGGAGUUGUGGUUAUUUGUGACUGACUUGGCACUGCAGAGCGGGACUAAAGACAACUGUGGAACUCCAAAGACUGUACCUGUAUAUUUUGCUUCAUCAUGUGUUCUUGGUGAGAAAGUUAUGGAGGCACUCACCAAUGCAUCCCACUGUGUUAUCUUCUUCAAGGAUGCUUUGCGAGGAAAUGGUAGGAUCAUUUGUGUUGAACGUACCAUUCUCUCCUUACAAAAGCCCCUUUUGUACAUGGCUGCAAAGGCUGACUUUAGUGAGCUGUCUAGCCCUGUCAAACUAGAUGAACUGGAUUCUACAACACAGGCCAAUUCCAUUUGUACCGUAAAAGGCACCAUCUCUGGAGUUAACAAGAACACUGCCUUCUCUUGGCCCACAUGUAACAGAUGUGGCAAUGGAAAACUGGAGCAGCAUCCACAGGAUGGGGGAUCAUAUUACUGCAGCCUGUGCUCCCAAAUUUUACCAGUUCUCAAAAUGCAACUGGAAGUCUUUCUGCACUGUCCAUCCCGACCUCAUUGUACAGUAAAAGUAAAGCUCUUACAAGAAACAAUUUCUUCUGUCCUGAUGGCAUCAUCCAGUGAGGAUGGGAGUUAUGAGGUGAAGAGUGUGCUGGGAAAGGAGGUGGGGUUAUUAAACUGCUAUGUCCAGUCUGUAACCAACCAUCCUAGCUGUGUUGCAUUGGAGGAAAUUGUCCUUCUGGAAGCAAGAAGAAACUAACCUGAAUGCUGUCAGCUACUAUAUCUAUGGACUUUGUAAUGUGGUUAUUUGAUAACUAUGCCCACAGAUAAUGUAUAAUGCAAGCAUGAUAAGUAGUGAGGUAGUUUACUAAAACUGUGAUUUAGAAAAUAUAUUAUUGCUAAACAAACUAUGUAAAAAAAAAAUUCUGAAUGUUUAUAUUGUUCUUGAUCAGUCCGGAAGUUGAGUAUAGUUCUUGAGAGUUCUGUUGGAAUAAAUGUUCAUGAAUGUAAAACAACUUGUCCUGGAGGUUUGAAUGUUUGUAAAGCAUGUUUUUGGUGAUAUUUUUAUAAUAGGUGUUAUGAAUAUUUUAAUUUUGUGUGUAUCAAAAGAAUAAUUUUUUAAA